GGAUGGGGCAGUCUCGUCUUCGGAUUCUGGAAAGAGACGUGCUGUGAAGUCGUCCGCCCGUCGAAGAGGUGACAAAUAAAGCAGAUCCGAAGGCAGCCUCGCGACGAGCCACCGGGAGGUGAAUCGGGGCGCCAUGUUCGAAGAAAGAACUCUUGGCUACGCACUCGCAAGGUCACUCUUCGUCUUCCCCUUCCUCGCGCUUGCCCUGCUUCUCAUUGUACUGUCGGGAGCCCAUCGCAGUUUGUCGCCUGAUCUCCUCCUCUCAAGCUAUGCGGUACCGGGCGAAGUCACCAACAGGAGCUGUUCUGCUGGAUCUUCCACUGCAGAACCACCAAAGGACGAGCUUCUCGGAGAUCUCUUGUCCGUCGCAUUCGACGGCGCUUCCUGCCUGAGCCGCCACCAGUCCGCAUGGUACCGGAGGAAACCAUCAAACCACACUCCUUCGCCCUACCUCAUCCGAAGGCUUCGAAGGUACGAAGCCCUCCACAAGAAAUGUGGUCCGAACACCGAGCUCUACAGGAAGGCCGUCGAACAGUUGGUGUCCAACACCGGCACAGCAGCCGCGGAGUGCAACUACGUGGUGUGGGUGCCAUCCGACGGCUUAGGCAACAGGAUCAUAAGUAUCGCCUCCGCCUUCCUCUACGCUCUGCUCAACGACAAGGUCUUACUGCUCCACCUCACCGAUGACAUGGGCGACCUCUUCUGCGAGCCAUUUCCUGAGACGUCGUGGGUUCUCCCUUCCGAUUUCCCCGUCAGGUACAGCUGGGUCUUGGAGAAGGAUCACGGCUAUGGAAAUUUGCUCAAGAACAAGCUGCUUAGCAACGAUAUGGACACCGCAAACGCUUCGUUGCCGGCGUUUCUCUAUCUCCACCUGGUACAUUCCAACGACGAAUUCGAUAAGAUGUUCUACUGCGAAGAGGGUCAGCAGCUACUCCGCAAGUUCUCUUGGUUGCUGCUGAGAUCGAACCAGUACUUCGCGCCCGCUUUCUUUCUCGUCCCGGAGUUCGACACGGAACUGAGUCUGCUCUUCCCGGAGAAGACGGCCGUCUUCCACCAUCUGGGAACGUAUCUUUUCCAUCCAUCCAACACCGUCUGGGGCUACAUAACGAGGUACUAUGAAGCUUAUCUUGCCAAUGCAAAAUCAAGGUUGGGAAUCCAGAUCAGACUGUUCGGAAAGGCUGACUUCGAUAGCCACUCAGACUACAUCAUCGACUGCGCACUGACCAAAAGGUUAUUGCCCAACGUUAAUCUAACGGAUACUGCUCUUCCAACCAUCACCGGAGCGAAACCGAGAUCAGUUCUUGUGACCAGUUUGCGCAGUGGGUACUUUGAGAAGCUCAGGAACAUGUACUACGAGCACGCGACGACCACCGGAGAAGUGAUCAGCGUCCACCAACCAAGCCAUGAAGAGAAGCAGCAUUCGGAGAAGCUCAACCACAACAUGAAAGCUUUUGCAGAGAUUUACCUGUUGAGCCUGAGCGAUGCACUGAUCACCAGCCCAUUCUCCACUUUCGGGUAUGUGGCGCAGGGGCUGGGCGGUUUGAGGCCGUGGCUUCUGGUGAGGCCGGAUGACCAUGAUCUUUGCCUCCACUCCAUGUCGAUGGAGCCCUGCUUCCAUUUUCCUCCGUCUUACGACUGCAAAGCAAGAAAGAAAGUCGAUAUAGGAUCGGUGGCCCCGUACCUGAGACACUGCGAAGAUUUCCCCCGUGGUGUGAGGUUGUUUGAUUAGGCGAACACUACUGCAUGUUUGUAAUCAGCAUUCAACAGAUUCAUAUGGCCCAAACUUUGGUCCAUUACUACUAA